AUGCUUGGCAGAUUGAAUCACUCUCAAUUAAUAAAUUUGGCCAAACGUAAGUGUGUAACCCCUUUACUUCCACAGCUUCACAAGGGACAGAACGGUAGAAUAUGUGUUGUAGGUGGAUGCGAAGACUAUACCGGGGCACCAUUCUUUAGCGCUAGGGCAACUGCCCUGAUGGGGUGCGACAUGACCCAUGUCAUCUGCGACCAGAGUGCUGCUACUGUAAUCAAGAGCUAUUCACCAGACCUAAUGGUGCAUCCUUAUCUGCACCAAGGCGGUCAGGGCGAGAUGGACAAGAUCAGAGCCCUAAUUGGCAGGAUGCACGCAAUUAUAGUGGGGCCAGGUUUGGGCAGAGACGAAUCAAUGUUACGUAGUGUCAAGGAGAUAAUUCGAUAUGUUUUGGAGGAACACCAGGGGUCAAUUCCGAUUGUGCUGGACGCAGAUGGGCUUUGGCUGGUUACGCAGGAUGAUCAAGUGCGUAAAAUGCUGACUAAAUUCCCUCGAGGCAGAAUUGUGUUAACGCCCAACGUAGUUGAGUUCAAGAGGUUAGCGACUGCAUUGGAUGUGGGCGAUGGCGAGGGAGAAAUUGGGCAGCGCAUUGCGCAUGCGCUCAAAUGCGUCCUAGUGGAAAAGGGAUUACAGGAUAAGAUUUUUGCACCGGAGGGAGAUCUGUGCCUUGUUAACAGCAGUGAGGGAAGUCCCAAGAGAGUUGGAGGUCAAGGUGAUACUCUAACUGGGACCAUUGGAUGUCUGCUGUCGUAUAGUCGUGCAAGGUACGAUUUCCAUAUCUGCCCAGAUGACGUGGACGAGAAGUUGGAGUGGGUUGAUUACGCUAUUCUGAGCUGCUAUGCGGGUUCUACGGUGACGAGGGAAUGUGCGAAAAUUGCGUUUGCAGAGCGCAAAAGGGCUAUGCAGACUUCAGACGUUAAUCUAUGUGUGGGGCAGGCAUACGAGAAACUGUUGGGUUGA